GUGCAGCCUGAUCAUCACAUGACUCGACGGCGGUAGCCGUGGCAGCAGGAGCGGCGGGUCCGCGGGCUCGCCGGGUGGGCUCAGCUCGGCGCACGCAGGAGCCGGGCGCAGGGGGGGCGGGGAAGGGACCAGCCGCCGCCCGCCAGCCGCUCCCGGGGCUCUCGCUGUCCCUUCUCAGCCGCCCGCCCGCUCCAUGUCGCCCGGUUGCGGAAGUGUCGCCGGGAGAGGUGGCGGCGUCGUCGUCAGGGAGCAGGGGAAGCCGGGGCUCGGCCCCCUGCAGCACUGAGCUCCCGGAGCCGCGCGUCCCAGCGUCCCCACCGCCCGUGCGCCCCGCGCCCGCCGCAGCCUGCAUGCCCCGCGCUGCGCCUCGGCCGGCCGCCGCCUCCUGCUCGCUCAGCGGCUGCCGGGCGCCGGAGUAAUAUGCUCACUCGGGUGAAAUCUGCCGUGGCCAAUUUCAUGGGCGGCAUCAUGGCUGGCAGCUCCGGCUCCGAGCACGGCGGCAGCGGCUGCGGAGGCUCGGACCUGCCCCUGCGCUUCCCGUACGGGCGGCCGGAGUUCCUCGGGCUGUCUCAGGAUGAAGUGGAAUGCAGCGCAGACCACAUCGCCCGUCCCAUCCUCAUCCUCAAGGAGACCCGGCGGCUGCCCUGGGCCACCGGCUACGCAGAGGUUAUCAAUGCUGGGAAGAGCACACACAAUGAGGACCAAGCCAGCUGUGAGGUGCUCACAGUGAAGAAGAAAGCCGGGACCAUUACUUCCACCCCGAACAGAAACUCCAAGCGAAGGUCAUCCCUUCCCAACGGGGAAGGGCUGCAGUUAAAAGAGAACGCUGAGUCCGAGGGCAUCUCCUGCCACUACUGGUCCCUGUUUGAUGGCCACGCAGGCUCGGGGGCUGCCGUGGUGGCAUCGCGCCUGCUGCAGCACCACAUCACACAGCAGCUGCAGGAAAUCGUGGAAAUCCUGAAGAACUCCGCCAUCCUUCCCCCGACCUGCCUCGGGGAGGAGCCAGAGAGCACGCCGGCCCACGGCAGGACCCUAACCCGCGCAGCCUCACUGCGUGGAGGUGUGGGUGCCCCCGGCUCCCCUAGCACACCACCUACGCGCUUCUUCACAGAGAAGAAGAUCCCGCAUGAGUGCUUGGUCAUCGGGGCCCUGGAGAGCGCCUUCAAGGAAAUGGACCUUCAAAUCGAGCGAGAGAGGAGCGCAUAUAACAUAUCUGGCGGCUGCACGGCUCUCAUUGUGGUCUGCCUUCUGGGGAAGCUCUACGUGGCAAAUGCUGGUGACAGCAGGGCCAUAAUCAUCAGAAAUGGAGAAAUUAUCCCCAUGUCUUCCGAAUUCACCCCUGAGACUGAGCGCCAGAGACUUCAGUACCUGGCAUUCAUGCAGCCCCACUUGCUGGGAAAUGAGUUCACACAUUUGGAGUUUCCAAGGAGAGUGCAGAGGAAAGAACUCGGGAAGAAGAUGCUGUACCGGGACUUUAAUAUGACAGGCUGGGCAUACAAAACCAUUGAGGAUGACGACUUGAAGUUUCCCCUUAUAUAUGGAGAAGGCAAGAAGGCUCGGGUAAUGGCAACUAUUGGAGUGACGAGGGGACUUGGGGACCAUGACUUGAAAGUUCAUGACUCCAACAUCUACAUAAAACCAUUCCUGUCUUCAGCUCCAGAGGUCAGAGUCUACGAUCUCUCCAGAUACGAACACGGAGCAGAUGACGUGCUGAUCCUGGCUACUGAUGGACUUUGGGAUGUCUUAUCAAAUGAAGAAGUAGCUGAAGCAAUCACUCAAUUUCUCCCUAACUGUGAUCCAGACGACCCUCACAGGUACACACUGGCAGCUCAGGACCUGGUGAUGCGUGCACGAGGCGUCCUGAAGGACCGAGGGUGGCGGAUAUCGAAUGACCGACUGGGCUCAGGAGAUGACAUUUCUGUCUACGUCAUUCCUUUAAUACAUGGAAACAAACUGUCCUGAAAGUGACCCAGGGGACUAGGAGGACAGAAGGGAAGAAAACUGGGGUGCCUCCGAGCAGGGCGGGACGACCGGAGAGUGCCUGGCCUAGACUCCAGGUGAUGCAGAUUCUUCCCAGCCCAGAUGGCAAGCUUGCUACCAAGAGGCUUUGCUGCAAGGCGACCCUUAGGUUUCUGUUUCUUCUCUGGUAACAGGUCUGGACACUGAGUAAGAACCAAACACAACGCCUGCUGCUAGGUGUUCCAUUUCUCUUGGUUUCUAUGGUAGGGCUCCUAGGCAGUGAGCGCCUACUUGGGACACAAGCAUACAUUUAUUUAUUUUAUCUAGACUAGCAGGGACAGCCAUUUCAGGUGUUAUUGGGGAGAGCCUCCUCAGCCUGUCAGGCUGCCAGCAUCUCUCCAGGAGAAGAGCCACGUGGAAGAGCUGAGCACCACAGCUCAGGAUGUCUGAGCAGUCCUCUUAUUGUGCGUUCAGUUAUUCAUUCAGGGAUCUUGCCUGGCCUGUCUCAUUCCUUCCUCCUCUCCUCCCCCUCCCCCUUGGUUUCUCUGUGUUCUUUUGUGGUAAUAGCGGUGUGAGGCAGAGACUUUUUUUACACUCCUCCUAUCUUUCCCAUUUCCCUUCCCCGGGACUUUCCAAAUUGUUACUGAACAGUUUCCAGAUCAGAGACUAGCCCAGUCUGGCUAGUCUCAUGUCCUGUGCUCCGUACACGCAUAUAGUUUUGUCCAGAGCAAUGUCCCAGGUGACAGUUUGUCUUUGUUGUAUAACAUUUACUCCCGAGUUGUGUUCUUUCCCCAAAUGGAUAUGUUUACUACAAAAUGUGGGUGUUUCGUCGGACCAACGGUUCCUGUGCUAUCUCUAAGGUCCCUCUGUGCAUCUGGAGGUUUUGCAGUGAGAGGCUGGGUUUUCGUUUCUGGAAUGGGGGAUGCUCCCCCCACCUUCUGUGUCCUGGAGACACAUAGGAAGCAGUGUCCAGUGCCGCAGCUUAGCCAGCUCUUGUAUCCAUCAGCUAAGCGUGCUUCAUUAGGGAAGAGUGUGGGACUCAGGCUCCUUGGUUGCUGACUGUUCUCCAGGCCACACCACAGGAGGUUUGAAUGUCACAGCUUGGCUAAGCAGUGGCUACUUUCUUUCUGUCACCUUUGUGCAAGGGUAGCUGGGAUGACACUUGAAUUAAAGUGAAUUCGAAUCGCAGUUGGUCAUUGUGAUACCCUCCCCAUCCCCACCCCCCACCCCCAGGUCAAAGGAAUCACAUUGUAGAAACCUAAGAGCUGAGACCCCCUUCCUACUAUGCAUCCACUGGUGUGCAUGCCUCACUGGCAUCUUUCUCUUGGGCAGAUGGCGCUCUGCCCAGGGGCCUUCAGAGCAACAUCCAGUUGCUUAGUCCUGUUCCUGUCAUCUUCCAGGAUAUCAGCUUUCUGACAGCCCAGUAUAAUUCAGACAUUUCCAACCCAAGAAAGGAACCAAUGGUGUCAUUUUCCCUAAAAAGGUAACUCCAGCUCUGUGUUUAUGAGAAUCCCUUCCUGGGGAGAAGGGAGGGGCAUUUCCUCCAGGCUGGUUAGCCAUCCACACUCCUAGAAUUGUAGAUAUUUUCUUAGGAAUGGCCUGGUGCCUUCCUACUCAGGAACAAAAAGUCAUCCCACUGUGUAGAGCCAGGGCCCAGCCCGGCAGGUGACAUACUAUGAGCGUGUGCCAACUCAUUGCCUGAGGUCAGGACAUCUGACCACGUAUGCCUCUCCUUCAGGAAGUCUUCAUUGCUCCAGACACCUCGGCGGGGAGUGCUCUGUGGCAACCAUUUGCUUCCCUGGCAGAAUAUGAUGCUGUAGAAAACUGGUCAGGUGUGCUACAGUGGCAUGGUCCUCUUCCCACCAGUGCCCAGUUCUCAAAGUUAUGCACAAACGGGAAACUUGACCUGAGCCACCUUCCUGGGGGUUAGGGGGAGGCAUUUCCGGGUUCCCAAUGCCUUUCAUAUUUUUGCUUUUGUGAUCUCCCUGAGUCUCAUCUUGACCUUCUUCAAUCAUAUUUAAGUCACCAGAGUCAGAAUUGGAGUGUAAAUAUCCUAUAGGUGCCGUGACAACAUUCUCCCAAUUCUUCUACUGUCAAGCCACAUAUCAGCAAAACCAAACCAAACCUGAAAAACCUAAAUGACCCUAAAGCCUGGAGUUCUGCUGGUUUUAGCCAGAAAGGUAUCCAAGACUUCUCUUCAUGAGGCUGCUGGGUGGAAAGAUAUUAGUCCCAGGCUAAAGCCCUAUUUGUGUUGGGGGGUUGGGGGUGAGGGGGAAGACUACAAAUGAAUGGAAUAAAUCAAAAGGUGGAAAAGUGAUUCGUUAAUGCCUAUGGCAGAUCCGCCCAUGGCUGAUAUUGCUCUGUGCUUUGGGAUUAACUCUGUGUGGGCCUUAUUGUUCCCCUAGACUCCAAAUCACCCCACCCCAGAACAGGAUGGGUCUGUGUAGCAAGCUGGCCCUUAGAGAAUCCCUGGGAAGGCCGAAGGACAACACACUCAGAAUUCUGCAAAACAUAUUUCAGUGUGUGUAUAGAAAUCAUGUGUGUCUGACUUCCGGCUGGACCCACUUGCCCUAAUAGCCUCAGAGGAAGCCCUGAGUAAUGAAGAGCAUUUGAUUUCCUAGUCGAGUCUUUAUGGGCAUCUUGGGGUUUGUCUGGCUACUUCCUUUAAUGAAAGUCUCCCUCAACCCUAAAUCUCUCUGCUCAGCCAGCAUCUGCUCUUCUGACUCCUGGCACUUUCCUGAAGAGUGUAGACCCUGAAGCAUCUUCCUAAGUGACAACUAAAGCUUUGUCCCCCUAACACCAACAGUCAGCAGAAAGGUGCAGGAGGGGCCUGCUGCGGUGGUGUAUGCCCAGUGACUGUCCUUUGUGGCUGGGAAGGAGGGCGAUAGUUAGGCUGGACCAACAGGCAUCUGUCUGACUGGGACACGCCGGAGAAGUCCGUCUUUCAGCUAUUCACAGUAUUCGAUUUUGGAGGACUUGAGAUGUCGAGUUUUUAAAUUCUUAGCAUCUUACCUCCAUGGGGCUACAUGAAGCCAGCCAUAUCUUCCCACCACUCUCCCCUGAGAGUCCCUUUCUUGAGGGAAAUCAUGACCCUAGAUGGAUAUUGAUGAGCAAGACUUAGAAGCCAGGCAGUGGUGGUGCAAGCCUUUAAUCCCAGUACUUGGAAGGCAGAGGCAGGAGGAUUUCUGAGUUCAAGGUCAGCCUGGUCUACAGAGUGAGUUCCAGGAUAGCACAGAGAAACCCUGUCUCGGGAAGAAAAAAAAAAAAAAAGACUUAGAACCUCAGAAGCCAAAUUUCAUUCCAGACUUUGGCCAUUUGGGCAGGGUCUCCCAGGACACUAGUUUGGAAUCCCUUUUGGAAAGUAUCUGUUUCAUUCUCAGCUCUCCAUCCCCUUCCCCCACCACCUCCUUCCUCAUCUGCCCAGCUGCUGUACUUCGGGAGCAAAUGGCAAUGCUGUUGUGUAUGCUCCUUUGAAGGUGUCACUUGUUCCUAAGUGAUCUCUGAUGUUUUCAGAGCACGUUAUGCUGUGAUGAGAUUCUAAUGU